AUGGCUACAUGCUCGCAGUGUGCCCUCCGGGACAUACAAUGCCAUCUUGACGACUCGGACGAUGUUCGGAUUCGGCGGCGCCGCACAAGGACCGCUCGCGGAGGUACUGAGAAAGCGGGCACUAGAGAAUUACAGUCGGCUCUUCUGACAACAUCCCCUGAUGACCGAGGUAUUCCGGUAUCACAGAUUAUUUCGGAUUCUCAUAUGGUCUCCCUUUCCCCAAGAGAUGAUAAUGCGGUGCUAUCAAAUAUUCCUUUCGACAUGUUUGAUGAUAGUCCCUUUGCACUAAGUUUUGACAAUAUGGCAUUUCUCGAUCAAGUGUUUAUGGGCGAAGGCGACCGCGGAUUCACGCAAAGUAGCGACCAGCCGAGCCAAUACCUGCAACAACCAACUUCCACCUCUGGUAAUAACCCGAGUGACGACGGAGACCAGGAUGGGAGGGAUUCGAAUUUUCCCAGUGCGGUACUCGGUACAUGCUCUUGGACCGGUGUCUCUGCGGACUCUGCCUCUUGCACUGCAGCAUUGCAUUCCUACUUCGAGUAUGCUGCGCCAUAUCUGCCGAUUCUCCUCGCAGAUGCAUUCUGGCAGGACUAUCAUGCAGGUCAUUGCAGCGAAUUACUUCUCUAUGCGGUUGCUUGUCGAGGGAUGCCAUACACCGAGGCGCCAAAUAAAUGGGAUCUUCAGAACCGUCUUGCAAGCACAUUUCGAGAGAAAUACCUCCAUGCUCGAAGCAAUGCACCUGAUAACGAUGCAAUCAGGCUUGACGACCUCGAAGCUCUGGCCCUCAUGAUCGAUUUUGAAUACGACAACUCUGAAAGUCUACCACUUCUGUCGAACCUGGGACGACUUUUUCUCACGCACGAUUCGCUGGUUUUGACAGCGAUCAACUAUCGAAUUCUCGAUCUUGGUAUCCUGGCAAGGGCUAGCGAGCGUCGCGUACUCCUCUACUGGCACAUCUAUGGACUUGACGCGUUCCACUGCCUAGAUCGCAUGCAAAUAUCGCGCAUCCCAAGUAACGAUCUUGCUAGCAAUGAGGAUCUCUCGUCGCAGGAGACGAAAGAUUACUUUGAUGCUCUUCUUGCCCUGGCUGUGAUUGCUCGCCAAAUUACACAGAAUCUGUGCAGCCCGCUUUCAAAACGACAAGGCAUCAAACCCAGUGAUGUUCACAAUUUGUACGAGCAACUUGAUUAUUGGAGGGAUACCUGCUGUCCGCACCAUUUGCGGAUGUACAAAGACGAUUCAGGCAGACUGGAGCCUGUUGACAUCACCGAGCCAAGUUCCAGCCGGACAAGGAAACACACUCAACUCUAUCGAGCAGUCCUCUGGGCUCUGGAGCUGCAUUUUCGCUUACAGAUCGAGGAUUGUAUAUGUGAACACGGCAUACAAGAUAGGACAAGUUUGGAGGCAGAGGUCCUUGCCCGACGGGUGGAAUAUACAAGUCUCUCCGCAUUGAACGAGAUGGUCAACGUCUGUCUAUGGAUCAAGCAGCUCGAGACUCAGCACCAAGACUAUGAGCGACACUCUUUGAUUGACCUCGCACCGAAAGUUUUGCGUAAUAUCUGUGCGGGCAUGUGCUAUUGGUCUUGUUUACGAGGGAUUGACCUUGUUAACAGCGGUUCCUUACCGAGGCUGCUUCGUUCUAGCCACGAGAAUGAUGGAGAUGAUGGUGUGAAGCGGCAGAUUCUGAAUUAUGUUGAGAUAGCGCGGUUAUUGCGAGAUACAGCCGCGACGGCAACGUCACAUCAAGAUACGGCGCAGAUUCUUGAGCGAAUUGAUAACCAGCGGGCGUUACUUGAUUCCAGGCUGGAUGGUGCUUAG